UUUUCGCUGCUUUUCUGUAGAUUCAGACAGCCUGCAGGUUUGAAUGCUUACUUCCUGGACCAACCAUUUUGAGUCUACAAAUGGAGGACUUCGAUAACUUUUUUGCUCACGGAGAGGGAGGCGAUUGAUUGGUGAGGCAGCAUUCGGGACCGCUGCCUAGCGUCCAUUGUCACGUGUAGCUGGGAGCCUGGCUUAUAUAACCACACAUGUGCACUAGUAUAAGUACUUCCCUUGGCAAAGCAUACUUAGUCCCCAUCAUUCAGUCCCGUCGUUUCUCACCCCAGCAACGCAACCAUGGAGGACCUCGAGAAGCUGGAGUACCUCGGCCUCGUGUCGAAGAUCGCGUCAGAGAUUGAAAAUUAUUCAGGUCUUUCCGACAAGACGCUGGCCGAAUUCGUCAUCAGCAUCCAUGAGGAGGUCAACAGUGUUCCUGACUUUCAGCGGAAGCUUGAAGAUGUGGGCGCCGACUUCCCGCAGAGCCUGGUCGAUAGCAUCGACCGAUUGAUUCUUACACUACAUCCAAAGUUCAAGAAAUCGAAGAACAGCACGGUGGACGGUGCGCCUGCGGUGAAUCGAGACGAAAAGGCGCGCAUCUAUCGCGGAUUGGCUAUUCCGGAUCGCAAAUUCGCUGCUGAGCCCGAACCCGAGCCCGAACCCGAGGAAGAUACCAACCCACUCGAUGACACGUUCGCCAUGCUGGAAGGUUUAGCUGGAAAAGGUUCUAGCAAGCCGAAAGACGACCGACCCCGAUCCAGAAGCCCUCGCCGCAAAUCGAAAAAGUACGACUACGUUUUCGACUCACCUAAUCGCAAGCGAUAUCGAGACGAAGAAGAAGAAUUUCGGGAACGGAGUCGGAAGAAGUUCCGGGAUGAAGACAGCGAUUCUGAGAGGGAAUUCCGAAGCCGGCGCAAAACUCGCCGCAACGACGACGAAUUUCGCCGCCCACCUACGCCCGAGCUCGACGAAAGACCUGUUCAGUUCAAGAUCUACAACGGCACUGUGACUGGUGUCAAGGAUUUCGGCGCAUUUGUUCGACUCGACGGUCUGAGAAGACCUGCCGAUGGACUGGUACACGUUUCGCAGAUACAUGAUGGUGGACGAGUGAAUCAUCCUUCAGAUCUCCUCAGCCGGAACCAACGUGUGAAAUGCAAGGUCCUUAAGGUGGAAGAAAAGAGAAUCUCGCUGUCGAUGAAGGAAGUGGACCAGUCCACUGGCCAAGACCUUGCUCCAGCCGCUCGGAUAGGUUCUGGUGCAAAUUCGCAAGCUCUUGGAGGCUCAGAUAUAGUGCCCAUCAUAGAAGAUACCUUUGCGAGCAGACGCAACGGGAUGCGGAAACGGCCCACGUCACCUGAAAUAUGGGAGACCCAGCAGCUUAUCGCAUCCGGUGUCAUUCCUAGAUCACAACGCCCGGACAUUGACCAAGACUACAAUGCUCGCAUCAACGGCGAGGGUGGCUUUGAGGAAGAGGAAGAUGUGGACAUUGAGCUUACUGAGACAGAGCCGGCAUUCUUAGCUGGGCAAACGAAACAGACUCUGGAUCUUUCACCGAUCAGGAUUCUCAAGGCACCGGAAGGGUCUCUGGCUCGAGCCGCAACACAAGGCGCAGUAUUGGCCUCCGAACGGCGUGAUUUACGAGUGCAAGAAGCACAAGCCAAAGCCGCUGAAGAAGCGGAGAAGGUGGAUCUUAGCAGUCAAUGGAACGACCCUCUUUCCACGAAGCGCGGAUUCGCAGAAGAGUUUCGCAAUGCCAGGAAUGACCAGUCUCGCGACAAAAUGCCCGAGUGGAAGAAGAUCUCCACGAAGAAUGCGGAGUUUGGAAAGCGCACAAACAUGAGCAUGAAAGAGCAAAGGGAGAGUCUGCCUGUAUUCAAAUUUAGGUCACAACUUCUCGAGGCCGUCAGUCAGAAUACCUUCCUUAUUGUCGUAGGAGACACUGGAUCCGGCAAAACUACACAGUUCUGCCAAUAUUUGGCUGAAGACGGAUAUGCCAAUGAGAGAAUGAUUGGUAUCACUCAGCCUCGUCGAGUGGCUGCCAUGAGUGUCGCCAAACGUGUGGCCGAGGAGGUGGGAUGUAUGCUUGGCCAGGAAGUCGGAUACACGAUUCGCUUCGAGGACAAGACUAGUCCGAACACCAACAUCAAGUUCAUGACGGAUGGUAUUCUCCAGCGUGAAAUCCUGGUCGAUCCCAUGCUAAGCAGAUACUCGGUGAUUGUUCUGGAUGAAGCUCACGAACGUACAGUUGCCACGGAUGUAUUGUUUGCGCUGCUCAAGAAAACCGUCCAGAAGAGACCUGAUCUAAAAGUCAUCGUCACUAGCGCUACUAUGUCCGCUGAGAAGAUGAGCGAUUACUUCAACAAGUGCCCGAUCUUUUCAAUUCCCGGUCGAACACACCCAGUUGCUGUCUUUUACAGCCGUGAACCAGAAGAGGAUUAUGUUGAAGCAGCUCUCUUGACUGUAAUGCAGCUACAUAUCCAGGAACCACCAGGUGACUGCCUUGUCUUCCUAACGGGCAAAGAGGAGAUCGACACCGCUUGCGAAAUCCUAGAUCAAAGGAUGAAAGCUCUAGGUCCUGAGGUACCUGAAAUGAUCAUCCUCCCCAUUUACUCUGCUCUUCCGCAAGAAGUCGCGUCCAGAAUUUUCGAGCCCACUCCACCUGGGAGCCGGAAAGUGAUCUUAGCAACGAACAUCGCUGAAACUUCCCUGACUAUCGAUGGGAUUACUAUGGUGGUGGACCCCGGUUUCUCAAAACAGAGCUCCUUCGAUCCCAAGUUGGGCAUGGACAGGCUGCAAGUCAUGCCUAUUUCUCGAGCCGAAGCAAAUCAGCGAUCGGGCAGAGCUGGUCGUACUGCACCUGGUCGAGCAUACCGCCUUUACACUGAAGCGGCUUUCAACUCAGAAAUGCUGGAGACGCCUAUACCUGAGAUUCAGCGUAAGAACGUCACAAACACCAUCUUGACACUUAAAGCGAUGGGCAUCAAUGAUCUGAUCAACUUUGAUUUCAUGGAUCCCCCACCCGCAAGCGCUAUGUUGACUGCUCUUGAAGAGCUAUUCCAUCUUAGCGCAUUAGACGAUGAAGGUCUGCUCACACGACUUGGCCGACGAAUGGCAGAUUUCCCCAUGGAACCUUCCUUGUCUAAAUCACUUCUGAAGUCUGUGGAAAUGAAGUGCUCAGACGAGGUUCUGACCAUUGUAGCCAUGAUCUCUGGGACUCGAGAAGUCUUUAUGCGACCCAAAGAACAGCAGCAAAAGGCCGAUCAGAAGAAGGCUAAAUUCCACGAUCCUUCGGGCGACCACAUCACCUAUCUCAAUGUCUACAAUGGCUGGAAGAAGAGCAAUUUCAACGUCCAAUGGUGUAAAGAGAACUUCCUCCAGGCAAGAAACCUUGGACACGUCAAAGACGUCCGUCAACAAAUCAAACAGUUGAUGGACCGCCACAAACUUCAGCUCACCUCAUGUGGUAACGAUACGAUUCGUGUCCGACAAGCCUUUUGCAGCGGCUUCUUCCGUAACUCGGCACGUAAAGAUCCCUCGGAAGGCUACAAGACGCUUGUGGAGGGGACACCCGUCAGUCUUCAUCCUUCUUCUGCGCUCUUCGGCAAACCCGCCGAGCACGUCAUCUACGGCUCGAUCGUUGAGUCAACCAAGGAGUACAUGCACGUCGUCAGCCUUAUUGAACCGAAAUGGCUCGUCGAGGCUGCACCAGCGUAUUUCAAGGUCGCCCCUACAGACCGCCUCAGCAAGCGCAAGAAGGCAGAGCGGAUCCAGCCCUUACACAACAAAUUUGCGGGCGAGGAUGAUUGGAGGCUCAGUUCACAGAAGAGAGCUGGCAGAGGUGGUGGUGGUACCUGGGGUUAAU